UUUACUUAUCUGGAUGACUGUUGGAAAUUCUACGCCCGAAAAAGUCCAUGCAUGUGACAGCUAUUUAGUAAAGAAUGUAACAGACGAUAAACUUACAGCAUCAAGUAUCUACAGCUACAAGUACCCCGCCCUAAAAGCCCGAUUGUCUAAUGCACAAGGAUGGAGUCCGCUGGUAUCACAGGCCAAUCCUUGGAUACAGGUAGAUUUCGGAAGAGAAAUGUCGAUAAGAGCUGUGCUGACAAAAGGAAUGGGUGGGUUAAUGGAAUGGGUGAAGAAAUACCAGGUCAUAUACAGCAACACGGCAUCUACCUGGAUGGUAGUGCAAUAUGGCUCUUCUAAUGUACGUCAAAAGUACCAUAUACAUGUAUAUAUUUUAAUGUCCACUCUGGGUCAAAUAAAAUUCUCGUCAUCUUUUCAUAAACUUAUGCCAAGAAAAGUUCAUUUUGUCGUUUAA